GCGCCAUGGCGGAGCAGGAGAGCCUGGAGUUCGGGAAGGCGGACUUCGUGCUGAUGGACACCGUCUCCAUGCCCGAGUUCAUGGCCAACCUUCGGCUCAGAUUUGAAAAAGGGCGCAUCUACACAUUCAUUGGAGAAGUCGUGGUCUCUGUGAAUCCCUACAAGUUGUUGAACAUCUAUGGGAGAGACACAAUCGAGCAGUACAAAGGGCGUGAACUGUACGAGAGACCUCCGCAUCUUUUUGCCAUUGCCGAUGCUGCUUACAAGGCUAUGAAGAGGCGAUCAAAGGACACUUGCAUUGUGAUAUCAGGGGAAAGCGGAGCUGGUAAAACGGAAGCCAGUAAGUAUAUCAUGCAGUACAUUGCGGCCAUCACCAACCCCAGUCAGAGAGCGGAGAUUGAAAGAGUGAAGAAUAUGUUGCUUAAGUCCAACUGUGUCUUGGAAGCUUUCGGAAAUGCCAAAACCAACCGCAAUGACAACUCAAGCAGGUUUGGAAAAUACAUGGAUAUCAACUUUGAUUUCAAGGGGGACCCUAUUGGUGGACAUAUCAAUAACUACUUACUGGAGAAGUCUAGAGUGAUUGUGCAACAGCCAGGAGAAAGAAGCUUUCAUUCUUUCUAUCAGCUACUCCAAGGAGGUUCAGAGCAGAUGCUCCGCUCUCUGCAUCUCCAGAAAUCCCUUUCAUCCUACAACUACAUCCAUGUUGGAGCCCAAUUAAAGUCGUCUAUCAAUGAUGCUGCAGAAUUCAAGGUAGUAGCUGACGCCAUGAAAGUCAUUGGCUUCCAGCCCGAGGAGAUUCAAACAGUGUAUAAAAUUUUGGGUACUAUUCUUCACUUGGGAAAUUUAAAGUUUGUAGUGGAUGGUGACAUGCCUCUGAUUGAAAAUGGCAGGCUUGUAUCUAUCAUAGCAGAAUUGCUGUCCACCAAGACAGACAUGGUUGAGAAAGCCCUCCUUUACCGGACGGUGGCUACGGGUCGUGAUGUCAUCGACAAGCAACACACAGAACAGGAAGCCAGCUACGGCAGGGAUGCCUUCGCUAAGGCCAUAUAUGAGCGCCUUUUUUGUUGGAUUGUUUCUCGCAUCAAUGAUAUUAUUGAGGUCAAGAACUCUGACACCACCAUCCACGGGAAGAACACGGUUAUUGGUGUCUUGGAUAUCUACGGCUUUGAAAUCUUCGACAACAACAGCUUUGAACAAUUCUGCAUCAAUUACUGCAAUGAGAAGCUCCAGCAGCUGUUUAUUCAGCUGGUCCUGAAGCAAGAACAGGAGGAGUACCAGCGGGAAGGGAUCCCCUGGAAGCACAUUGAUUACUUCAACAAUCAGAUCAUCGUGGACCUCGUGGAGCAGCAGCACAGGGGCAUCAUUGCCAUCCUGGAUGACGCCUGCAUGAAUGUCGGCAAAGUCACCGAUGAGAUGUUCCUGGAAGCGCUUAACAGUAAAUUGGGCAAACAUGGUCAUUUUUCCAGCCGAAAGCUCUGCGCCUCGGACAAAAUCCUGGAGUUUGAUCGAGAUUUUCGAAUUCGACAUUAUGCAGGUGACGUGGUCUAUUGUGUCAUUGGUUUUAUUGACAAAAACAAAGACACUUUAUUUCAGGAUUUCAAGCGCCUCAUGUAUAACAGUUCAAAUCCUGUGCUGAAGAAUAUGUGGCCCGAAGGCAAACUGAGCAUUACAGAGGUGACCAAGAGACCUCUGACUGCCGCCACCUUAUUUAAGAAUUCUAUGAUUGCUUUAGUAGACAACCUUGCAUCAAAGGAACCAUAUUAUGUACGUUGCAUCAAACCCAACGACAAGAAGUCCCCACAGAUCUUUGACGAUGAGCGCUGCCGGCAUCAAGUAGAGUAUCUUGGACUCCUGGAAAAUGUGAGGGUGCGUCGGGCAGGGUUCGCCUUCCGCCAGACCUAUGAGAAGUUUCUUCACAGGUACAAAAUGAUCUCUGAAUUCACCUGGCCCAACCAUGACCUCCCUUCAGACAAAGAGGCUGUCAAGAAACUGAUUAAACAUUGUGGCUUUCAGGAUGAUGUAGCUUAUGGGAAGACCAAAAUUUUCAUUCGAACACCCCAAACAUUGUUUACCUUGGAAGAGCUCCGUGCCCAGAUGCUCGUAAGGAUUGUCCUCUUUCUACAAAAGGUGUGGCGGGGCACCCUGGCUCGUAUGCGGUACAAGAGGACCAAGGCAGCUCUGACAAUUAUCAGAUACUACCGGCGCUACAAAGUGAAGUCGUACAUCCACGAGGUGGCCAGACGCUUCCACGGCAUCAAGACCAUGAGGGACCAUGGCAAGCACGUGAAGUGGCCAGCCCCGCCCAGAGUGCUUUGCCGUUUCGAGGCAGCCCUACAGGCUAUUUUUAAUAGAUGGAGAGCAUCCCAGCUCAUCAAGACCAUACCUGCUUCAGACCUGCCCCAGGUUAGGGCAAAGGUUGCAGCUGUAGAAAUGUUGAAGGGUCAAAGGGCUGACCUUGGGCUCCAGAGGGCCUGGGAGGGCAACUAUCUUGCUUCGAAGCCAGAUACACCUCAGACCUCAGGCACCUUCGUCCCCGUUGCGAAUGAACUGAAACGGAAGGACAAAUACAUGAACGUCCUCUUUUCCUGUCAUGUCCGUAAGGUGAAUCGCUUUAGUAAGGUGGAAGAUCGAGCAAUUUUUGUUACUGACCGUCACCUGUAUAAAAUGGAUCCCACUAAGCAGUACAAAGUGAUGAAGACUAUUCCUCUAUACAACUUGACUGGUCUGAGCGUCUCCAAUGGGAAGGACCAACUGGUAGUGUUCCAUACAAAAGACAACAAAGACCUCAUUGUCUGUCUCUUCAGCAAACAGCCAACCCACGAGAGUCGAAUUGGAGAGCUGGUUGGAGUCCUGGUGAAUCAUUUCAAGAGGUAA